GCAAAGGCUCACUGCUCAUUUGCUGUUGGGUGGUGAUGGUGAGAGACCAACUCGUGCCAUUGUAGCUGGGCAUACCACUCACGUGCUGCAAGAUUAUUGGAAAACUUGAUAGAAAAUGAUAGUCUAGAUUGUUAAACCAACAUUAUUAGAAGCACUAUCGCCAAACAUAUAUUGAUAGCUACCACUUCGCUUAAACAAAAGUUUUGUAACCUUUGAAAAGGCUUGGAUGACGACCACCAAAGUUGUCAAAAUCUGUGAGGCUAUGGGGAGCCGUGGGAUGAACCCCCUGGACCACCUUCCACCACCCGCGAGUUCCAACAAGCCCUUAACGCCCUUCAGCAUCGCAGACAUCCUCAGCAAACCUACUGUCAAAAGAACUCACAGGAUUCACCGGCUUCCAGCAUCAGAGAGACCCCGGCAGAGCAUCACUAUAUCGAGGCAGACUCUCAUCACUCAAACAUCGCCUCUGUGUGCUCUUCAGGAACUGGCAAGCAAGACGUUCAAAGGUCUCGAAUUAGGUGUGCUCCAAGCAGCAGAAGGAAGGGAUGGGUUGACUCUGUUUGGUCAAAGGGACAGUCCUAAAAAGCGUCGAAAAUCUAGGACGGCCUUCACUAACCACCAGUUAUAUGAACUAGAGAAAAGGUUUCUCCAUCAGAAAUACUUGUCACCUGCCGACAGAGACCAAAUUGCCCAUCAGCUGGGGCUGACAAAUGCGCAGGUCAUAACCUGGUUCCAGAACCGACGGGCAAAAUUAAAGCGAGACCUGGAGGAGAUGAAAGCGGACGUGGAGUCGGCCAGAUCCACAGGUAUUGUGCCUCUGGAUAAAAUCGCUAAAUUGGCUGAUCUUGAGAGGUGUGCAGCUGGAGCCACGGGGCACCCGGGGCCCGAGUGCUCGCCGCGGCUAGGUCAGGAGUACAAGAGAGCGCACAAAUUAUGUCUGUCCCCCAUGUCGUCUCUCUCAGACCACACAAGUCAAGACUACUCCGAGGACGAAGACGUGGAAAUAGACGUUGAUGUCUGAUGUAAACCACGGAUUAAACUCUUGUAAACUUAAGACUCAUAUUUUAAGUACGUAGAAACACGGAUGCAUGAACAUACAUUUGUAGUGUUUUUCCUAAACUUAAUUAGUUUAAUUUAUAGCCAGACUAUGCAAGUCUAACUCCUAUUGUUCAAUACAAUGUUUGUGCUAGCAUAUCAUAUAAUAUAUUGUAUAUAAUGUAAUGGCUUUAAUGAGUGUAAUAAGAGGAUAUUUCAUAAAUCAGGGCAACAAACAGAGCAAUACAACCUCCUAAUGAGAAAAACUAUUUUUACGUACAGUUGUAUUUAUUGUGUUAGGAUUUGUACACAAUCGACAGUGACUGCUUUUUGUAAAGGUUUGUACAGUUUACUUGCAAGAUAGUGCUUCAAAAUUAGGGCAUUGCACCAAUACCCAA